AUGCGGUCCGACUGCUUUUUCCUUUACAACAACGUCGAGGCUGCUCCCCACACCUGGUCCUUCUACGACGCCGGAUCCCUCCACCAGCAGACAGGCACCUUCGCUUCGAGGCGCCGCGCGCUCUACAACCGCAUCGACGGCUUCCUCUUCAAUGACCUGGGUGUCGACACCAACAACGACCAGUCCGGCAGGUCCAUGGGCCGACGGCGCCCAGGCAUCCCAGCCCCCCCACGAGGCCUGUCCGGGUCGACUGGGGCGGCCGUGCACCUGGCACACGCUCAAAUGCAGAAGCUACACCGCACCGCACAGGGCAAGAGAGCUCUCACCCUGCGCUUGAAGCAACUGUUGGCCAUUCGCUCCAGCUGUGCCAGGGAGCUCUGGGCGCGCGUUGAAGAGCACCUCGGAGCUGAGGCCGUGAAGGAGUACCAGCGCCGAGCCAGGACGCCCGGAUGCGCCCUGUUCCUGGCACCCCACCCAGAGCGGCGUCGCGGCCAAAGUGAAUCCAGCUCAAGGUGUGUUGCGCUGCCCCGUUUGCUCUGCAGCGCAGAUGCAAGCGUUGCAUCGAACAGCACGCGCGGAAAGCAAGCCCUCAAGCAGCUUCUGGCCCUCCGGUCCACUGAUGUCCUCCGGCUGUGUGGGCUCUUCGAGGAACAUCUUGGUUCAGCCGCCUUGACGUACUACAAGGGUCGUGCCGGCGCAGAGCCGAGGAAGACUGUACAGCAACAGUGGAAGGAGGAACUCAAGCUCCGCCAUUCCGUCCACCCUCUGCCCGACCAGGAGGGGCAGCGUGUCUGGAGGGAGCGUGCCCGGGAGGAUGGGCGUAUGCGAGACAAGAAGUUUGGCCUGGCGUUUUCCGAGCAGCACUCUGGCCGAGCAUGGAUGAGUGCAAGGGGCGCGGCACUUCGAGUUCUGGGCCCGCGAAGCCUCCUAGUUCAUGUGCACAGAGUGCCAUCGGCUGGAGCCUCGGCCGUUCCACCAGUCCAGCCACGACAAGAACAUCCAGCUCCGAGCUCGCCAGAAAAGAUGCAAACGCUGCGCCCGGGGCAUCGGCUACAAGGCGCCCGCAUCCCAGGGCCGCUUCGAGAUCUCACGGCUACUGCCCUGUGGGCCCUGUGUUCUUGCGGGGAAUACGGCUACCGCAUCCACACGGACAUGACCCGGCUACGCUGGCGCCCCCAGAGCGUCCAGGACCAGGUAGCCUGCGAGGCGAGGACAUGGAAAGAGCGCACGCAAUUCUUCCGUCUGCGCCCCAGCUACUCGGCCUCCCUGUCCUUCGUGGCGCAGCACGAUCUGUUCUUGGCCCAGACUGGUUGCGGACCAGACAAGUCGGCCCGACGCCUGCCGGUCCGCUUCCUGGAAACUCUGCAACUGGAGACUGCUUUGUGGCCCCACCUUUACCCAGCGGUCGCCCUCUGCGAGACUUUUGUGCGGCUGGAGGAUGGGCGUCGGGUG